AUGGCCAACGAAAAACGUCCUCAAGAAGACACUACUGAAAACGACCCCAAGCGUAUUCGUGUGGGUGCUACUCGUAAUGUCGAUGUACACAUGGUACCUCAAGCACCCAAAGUACCCAAAACAGCCAUCGAAAAAGAAAAUGCUCGUCGUUUGAUUGUGAUUUUAGAAGAAGCUACUUUAGAAACACUCAAGAUUGGUAAAAACAAAGAAGGACACUACCAACUUUUGAAUGUCGAUGAUCACCUUCACAUCCUUAAAAAGAACAACCGAGAAACUUACGAAGCUAGACCUGAUAUUACACAUCAAUGUUUGUUGACCUUGUUAGAUAGUCCUCUCAACAAGGCUGGUUUGUUGCAAGUCUAUAUUCAUACCCAUAAAAAUGUGUUGAUUGAAGUCAACCCACAUAUUCGUAUCCCAAGAACGUUUAAGCGUUUUGCAGGUCUGAUGGUUCAAUUGCUUCAUAAGCUCAGUAUUCGUGCUGUCAAUGGUAAUGAGAAAUUAUUACGAGUGAUUGAGAACCCUAUCGAUAAAUAUUUGCCCAGCAAUAGUCAUAAAAUUGCUCUUUCUUGGGAUGCUCCUACUGUCAAAUUAUCAGAAUAUAUGCCAACUAUUCCAGCAGACAAGAACAUUGUGGUUGCUGUUGGUUCUAUGGCCCAUGGUACAGAUGAUUUUGCAGAUUCUUAUGUAGACGAAAAGAUCAGUAUAUCCGAUUAUUCAUUAUCUGCCUCUGUUGCCUGUGGUAAGAUUGUAUGUGCAGUAGAAGAAAUCUGGGGCAUUUUGUAA